CUUGGAUUAUCUGACACGCUCGCAGCUUGUAAAAGACCUUCAGACCAAGCAGGCUGGCUCCAGGAAACACAGAACUGAUACAGUAACAACGACAAAAAAAAAAAAAGUGGGGGGGAUCACUUUAUGUUUUGUACAGCUGAGGACAGACCGCCAUGUGUGACUUUUAAGAAAAGGGAACGCAAAAUCAACUGAAGAACAAAAGUGAUAAGACUGAGAGCUUCCCACUAUCGGCGAUUAUUAUGCAACGUAUGAGGAUGAAUACGUUUGGAUCCAGCAAAAGGUAUUGAGGAAGCUUCUUCAUCAUUUUGGGGCCAUUUUUUUUGUCUCUCCCUAUGCAAAUGCAAACAAAUGGACGGUUACAGACUGGUGGUUAAACGGGUUUUUUUUUCCCGACUGGCACGGGACAACUUCUCCAUUCUGUAAAUAUUACCGACUCACCAGCUGGAUUUCAAGAUGUAUAACAGUACACUGGGCGCCGCGCACACUUCCAUCAAGUGCAACAAGAGCGACGACUUCAAGUACCCUCUGUACAGCACCGUUUUCAGCCUGGUGUUUGUCUUCGGAUUCCUCUUCAACCUCGUGGCCGUCUACAUUUUUGGGUGUACGCUGAAGCUGAGGAAUGAAACCACCACGUACAUGGUGAACCUGGUGGUGUCGGACUCUCUCUUUGUCCUCAGCCUGCCUUUUCGGAUCGUCUACUUCAUUAAACGGGAAUGGAUGUUUGGCAGCGAGCUGUGCAAGAUUUCCGUGGCCCUUUUCUACACCAACAUGUACGGCAGCAUCUUCUUCCUCACCUGCAUCAGCGUGGAUCGCUUCCUGGCCAUCGUGCACCCAUUCCGCUCUCAAAAAAUUCGGACCAAGCGGAACGCCAAACUGGCCUGUGUUACGGUGUGGGUGCUCGUUCUUUCCGGGAGUAUCCCCACCGGGUUCCUUCUGGACACCACGUCGCCCAAAAAUGUCAACUCUUCGUCCAACUACUGCUUUGAAAACUACUCCAGUGACCAGUGGAAGUCAGAGCUGUCCAAGGUGGUGAUGUUUAUCGAGACGGUGGGCUUUGUGAUCCCACUGAUGGUCAACGUUUUUUGCUCCGUGAGGGUGCUACAGACGUUGAAGAAACCGCAGACCAUCAGCCGCGGCGGCAGCAUCAAUAAGGCAAAAGUUUUGAGGAUGAUCAUCGUGCAUCUGCUCAUCUUCUGCUUCUGUUUCAUCCCCUACAACGUGAAUCUCAUGUUCUACUCUCUGGUCCGGACUAAAGUCCUCAAAGGGUGCCACGCAGAAUAUGUGGUGAGAACCAUCUACCCCAUUUCACUGUGCAUCGCCGUGACCAACUGCUGUUUCGAUCCUGUUGUUUAUUACUUCACUUCGGAGACCAUUAAGAGCUCCUUCAAACGCAAGUCCACCGCGUGGCACAACGGUGUCAGGCUUCUCGACAGGUUGCAAGGGGACAGUGCCCAGAGCACCCCAAAUUCUACACCUCGUCUGGCCUUGAGGUCUCUGAAAACCAAGUUCACGGACACAAAGGGUUCCAACUCUAAAGACAAAUCCACAAUGUGACGCCUUGAGAAGUCAUGAACAGACACUUGGUGAAAAAUACAAGGACUGACAACCAAAACAGUCAGCUAGAGCAAAAGACACUGAAUGGACACGAAUGAGUGGAAAUCAAGACGUUGACGCUUAUUCAGCACAUAAAAAGGAGGACAUUGGACGGUAUCAAUAAUCGUGUCAUGGUGUCAAGACAAACAGAAUUUUAUGCUGUACUUUCACUGACUAGUGACACUGUGCGCAAGUGACAAGUACAAUUUUUUUUUGCACAUGAAAUGUAGGGCUGUUUUUUUAUUUUUUUAUUUCUGUGCUGAAACCAGUAUUAGAGCUGUUUUGAUGUACUUUUCUUUUACUUUCUUGAUGUCGGUUCUAUGUACUUGAGGUCCCGGAAGGCUUUCAGGCACUUUAUGGAGCGCUACACCCUCAGACCGCUUCAUUCCAAAAGUACUAAAUAAAGCAGUUAAGGGCUGGACUUUGCUUGAUAAAGAA